AACGGACGCUUCCAGAGCCCCAAAGCCGGAUCGGGAGGCGGAGGCCGCAGGGUAUUAAAUCCAAACAAAGAAGAAGAAGAAGACGAAGAGGGAAGAAAUGAGAUCUAACAUCGUCACCGAGGCAGGACUUCCAACUAGGUUGAACCAAUGGUGGGCUGGUAUUCCAUUUAUUACUUCUUGUGUGACAGUUGUUUGUGGGAUAAUUUACUUGGUAUGUUUACUGGCUGGGUAUGACUCAUUUGCUGAGAUAUGUUUCUUACCGUCUGAAGUGGUCUCAAGGUUUCAAGUGUACAGGAUUUACACAGCAGUUCUCUUUCAUGGAUCAUUGCUGCACGUUAUUUUUAAUAUGUUGGCACUUGUACCUCUGGGGACAGAGCUGGAGAGAAUUAUGGGUUCCGUUCGUCUGCUGUACCUGAUGGUCUUGCUUGCUACAAGCAAUGCUAUUUUUCAUCUCAUUAUUGCUUUAAUUGUGGCGCACAAUCCUCUACACUCAUAUCCAUUUCUCAUGCAUGAGUGCGCCAUUGGUUUCUCAGGAAUAAUAUUUUCUAUGAUUGUUAUAGAAACCAGCCUGAGUGGUAUACAAACUAGAAGCGUUUUUGGACUCUUCAAUGUGCCUGCCAAGUGGUAUGCAUGGAUUCUGUUGGUACUGUUUCAACUUCUGGCAACAAAUGUAUCAUUGUUGGGACACUUGUGUGGAAUUUUAUCAGGAUUUGCAUACUCCUAUGGAUUAUUUAAUUACCUAUUACCUGGAUCAUCUUUUUAUGGUGCCAUUGAGAGCUCAUCAUUUUUAUCAGCAUGUAUCAGGCGUCCUGGAUUUAUUCUGUGUAGUGGAGGUGCUACAUAUGGUAACCUGCCAACACAUUUAAAUUCAAAUACUGCUUCAAGUGGCCUAGUUUCAGAGAACUUGUGGAGAAAUAUUACUUCAUGGAUGCCACAAAGGGAAACAACUACCAAUCAGCCAGCUCAAGACUCUAGAUUUCCUGGGAGGGCUAGGACACUUGGUGCCACAAGAAACCAGCCAACAUCUGGAGUUGAUUCUGACUUAAGCUUGCAAGCUGGACUUCUGGAAAAUUCUGAGACAUAUAACCACUUGGAAACAUCAGCAAUUGGAACAGGAAUACAGCCAUCAGAUGGAAGGCAUCUUAAUGUUCUGUCAGAACGAGCCACUGAACUAGCCUCACAUAAUCAGAGUUUAGAUAGCUUUGAAGAAAAGCUGAAGAAACUAGUGGGAAUGGGAUUUGAGAAGACCCUUGCAGAAGUUGCCCUUGCAGCUGCUGAUGGAGAUACUAAUAUUGCUAUUGAAAUCCUCAUGAGUCAGCAGGGAUAAAUAAGCUUCCUGAAACUGUAGAGGUUUCCUGACGCCAUUGUUUUCUUUGCUUGACUCGGAGCUUAUUUUGCAUUCAAUGGAGAUGCCACUGGGCAGGUAAAUUGUAGAAACAAAGCUGAAGACAUUGAAGAACUGCCUAUACUAACCAGGUGAUAAAAUCUAUGACUUUUAAUGCUGUUUAUGGACAUGGAGAUGAGAAGAACUAUGUGAAUCAUUUAAACCUUUGAUACGAUACGGAUUACAUUGCAUACCAGAUUAUGAUCAUUUUAUGACAAUUAAAACUUUGUAACUAAGUAAUUUACUUAUAAAUACUGAACAAAGAAGAACAAAAAAUAAAAUAAAAUAAAA